UUCUUUUAGAUUUAGAAGCGCCCUCUGUCCCAUCUCCGAACGUAAAACACGUGUGAGGUUUUCAUGGAGUGUUGAUUCUUUAAUUUUUAAUAAAUGAACGUUGAAAUAUGACGAAGUUGUACAUUUUAUUCGAGCACGCCGCCGGCUAUGGCGUCUUCAAAGUGGAGGAGUUCGAGGAGAUCGGCAUGCUUUUGCCGCAACUCGAGUCCGCGGCGCACGACCUGGGACGCUUCAACAGCAUCGUGAAAUUGGUCGGCUUCCUGCCGUUCAAGAACGCCGUCACCGCCCUGGAAAACAUAAACGCGAUCUCCGAGGGUAUCGUCACCGAAGUGUUGCAGGACUUUUUGGAUCUCAACAUUCCCAAGGGUAGCAAGAGAGAGAAAGUUACUUUGGGGGUCAGCGAUGCCAAACUUGCUGCGGCCAUCACAGAGUCUUUGGGCAUUACGUGCAGCCACAUUGGAGCCGUUCCCGAGGUCAUCAGGGGAAUUAGGAAUCACUUCCAUAAUUUGGUGAAAGGAUUCACGGCCAAGUCCUCAGGAGUCGCACAGUUGGGUUUGGGACACUCAUAUUCACGUGCUAAGAUUAAGUUCAAUGUACACAGAGUAGAUAACAUGAUCAUUCAAGCUAUUGCUUUGUUAGAUCAGCUUGACAAAGAUAUUAACACAUUCUCCAUGAGAAUCAGAGAGUGGUACUCGUACCAUUUCCCAGAAUUGGUGAAAAUCACGCCUGAAAACUACACAUUCGCACGUCUCGCUAAAUUCAUCAAGAACCGCAAAGACCUCACGGACGAAUCGCUAGAAGGCCUUGAAGAAAUCACAAUGGAUUCUGGUAAAGCCCAGGCAAUCCUAGAUGCUUCCAGGUCGAGUAUGGGCAUGGACAUCAGCAUUGUUGACUUGUUGAACAUAGAAAUGUUCGCCACCAGAGUUAUCGCCCUGGCCGAUUACAGAAAACAAGUAGCUGAGUAUUUGAGGACUAAGAUGGGUGACAUUGCCCCCAAUUUGGCGACUUUGAUCGGUGAACAAGUCGGCGCCCGACUAAUCGCCCAUGCUGGCUCCCUCACGAACUUGGCCAAAUAUCCGGCGUCCACCAUUCAGAUUUUGGGGGCGGAAAAGGCGUUGUUCAGAGCCUUGAAAACUAGAGGAAAUACACCCAAAUACGGACUGUUGUUCCAUUCAACAUUCAUUGGCAGAGCUGGUUCAAAGAACAAGGGAAGGAUCUCCCGUUACUUGGCCAACAAGUGCUCAAUCGCCUCGAGGAUAGAUUGCUUCUCGGAGCAACCGUCGCAUAUAUUCGGCGAGAAGCUUCGCCAACAGGUGGAAGACAGGUUGAAGUUCUACGAAAACGGUGACGUUCCCAAGAAGAACUUGGUAGUAAUGAAAGAAGCGAUAGAAGAGCUGGAAAACCAAGUCAAAUCUGAGAAAAAGAAAAAGAAGAAGCGGAAGGCGGAAGCUUUGAACGACACCGCAGACAACGAUGUGGGCGUCACCAAUGGAGAACCGGCGAAAAAGAGAAAGAAGAGGCAAUCUGACCCUCCACUGGAAGAGGAAGUCGAGGUUAACGGAGAGCCGCCUAAGAAGAAGAAAAAGAAGAAGGCGUCCGAGUCGAUAAAUGAGAUAAUCGAGGCGGAGGUUGAGGAAAAUGGGGCGGAACAGGAGCCUGCCAAGAAAAAGAAAAAAAAGAAGAAGAAUAAGGAGGAAUAAUUGUGAUUUGGUAGACUUACCAACUUUUUCUUUUUUUUUAAACGUUAGAAUGAAUUAAUAACUUUUAAGAUUAAAAAAUUUGUGUAGGGUUUUGUCCGCAUUCAACGUGUUUCAAUUUUUUAUGUAAGAGAAAAAUUUUAUAUAUUAUUAAGGUAUUGUACAGAUCUUGAAUAUUAAAAUGUUAUUCAAAUCUA